AUGGAUCCUUCAAAUGAUUUUUCCAUGUCAAUACCAUCAACGUCCUACAAAAUUCAUCGAUCCUUAUCGUUGAACGACGUUUCCAUAAAGCAUCAGAAACAGGGUACAUCUGAUUCCGGAUUCAAUUUAAACAGUUCAGAGAACCUAACAGAAAAUUAUCAAGGGGGACACGGAUUGACAAAUUUUUUUUUACCGAAAAUAAACUCCAACAAAAAACGGCCGAGUGUCCAAACUUCUACAACGUUUCCAAAUUUUCCUUACUAUCAGUGUAAUACGGGUAUCAACAAUAUGGAGAAUCAUUCUUCAAUAUUGGAAACAAUUUCUCAAAAGAAUUCAUUAUGUAUACCCAUUUUAAAAAAAAAAUACUCACUAAAUAAUGAUUAUUUGACGGUAUCAAAAAAAUAUUAUGAAAAUCGAGAAGAAAAAUAUUUAAAUUCUAAUUCUUUUUACUUUACUGAUGCACUUUUGCAUGAAAAGCCGAAUAGGGACCCUUACUCGAUCAAUAAGACCAAAAAAGUAAAUGACUGUACGACUACAUGGGAUUCCAAUGUCACAUCACCGACUAGUCACAAUUUAUUUCACAGCGUUUUAUCAGACAAACGUUUAGAACAAGUUAAAAAGCAUAUAACAUUUACAACGAAUGUUGUCACUGAGGCAGUUCAUGUAUCACAUUUAUGUGGUGUUGCCAAUGCACCGACAGUCUCAAUGGAGAGUCAGCUUAAUAUCAAUGAUGACGAAGGCAACCAACUUCUCGUUAACGAGACUCCUCAUCUAUCUUUAUCAAAAAAUUUUCAAGAAAAAAUACAGCAUAUAUUCAGCAUGUGGUCUGACAAAAGAGAAACGCGCUGGACCCCACUUGAGACAAAACCACCCCAGCAUGUCUUUUCUACAACGGAUGUUGAACAUGUCUCAUUCCGUCUACAUAAUUUUAACAAAGGAACAAGUAAAAUGUAUACGAGUGACUACCUAAAUCAGGAGCAACCUCAUUGCGCGACGCAUGCAAUUGACGACUCCAGAGACCAAAAAGCUCUACGUUCUCUCUCUCUAGGAUUCCAGAAAUGUAAAAGAAAAAAGUUGUUCUUAAAACAUAUUUGUCAAAAAUCAAAAAACAAUUUUCGAAACGAAAGCAAUGUGAAAUUUGUUAUUCCGUUGCAGUAUAAGAAAAGGGAAAAACGAUUUUUCAACUUUAUAACAAAACGUAUUCCCAUGACAAUAAAUCCAUUAGUUUGUGGAUUCAAAAAAAAAAAAAAAGGGGCGUUUGCUUUCAGUGCGCUAAAUCCCACCAUUACACGUUUAAAUGAAUUAGUACUGAUGACUUUUAAUGUUGGACUAUUAGAAUAUUGUUUCGGUGGUAUCAGCUGGUAUAGAAAUCCACCAUUCACUAAAUUCCGAUUACAACAUAUUGCCCCUGCACUCAAAAAUUCGGGAUGUCACAUCAUAGCGCUUCAAGAAGUUUACGACGAGUGGCAAGCCAAUUUUUUGAUUAGUUUUUUAAAAGUAGUUUUUCCUUUUGUGGCGCGAUGUGCUUCCGGUGGCAUGUUCAGUUUGCAUAAUGGGUUAAUGCUCAUGAGUCAGUUCCCUAUACUUAGAAGUCAUUUCCACUCAUUCCACUCUGUCACCACACUUGAGAAAAUAUUUGGUUCAAAAGGCAUUUUAGAGGCAACUGUAGAAAUACCUACAGUUGGAAAAGUUACAAUUUUUAAUGUUCAUUUAGCAAGCGGAGCUAUAGAUCCUCAGUGUUCAUCAGUGGAACUACUUCGUUAUGAUGAAAUUCUUCAAAUUUUUGAUGUAUGUAGUGUGGCUAAAAAUCGAGGGGAAAUACCUUUAAUUAUGGGGGAUUUGAACGCAGCUCCUAACAUUUGUUCGUCUAACUAUAAAGCUUUUCUUUCAAAAGGGUGGCGUGACGCUUUACUACUCGCAUUGCGAAAACAAAAAAUAAAUGAAGCGCUUCAUGAACUUGAAGCUUUCGAAGUGUGGCAGUUGCUUUGUAAAAACGAAGACUUUGUACAUGAAUGCAUUAAUUCGAUUAAACAGCUCUCUCAUUCUUCUAGUGUUAUCCACACGGAUGCAUUUGUCAAUCUUUUAAAAGAAAAUAAUUUAUAUAGUGCUUUUCACAAAACACAAAAAGCUCAAAUGCAGAGUUGGCAAUCCCGGGUUAAGACCAUAGAACAAAAACUGAUCGUUUCAAAGCCUUCCAAAAUACUUAACAUUAUAUCCUUGAUUUAUUGGUACUCAAACAAAGAAACAACGGAGAAGCAAAAAAAGAAACUUCAAUUCCAACAUACUGUCGUAUUACUUAAAAGAUAUUCAAACUUUAUGGCGCACAGACGGCGCCGUGAACCAAUCAACUCGUUCCUCAAGUCACAAUAUACAAACGAUUCCCCCACUCCUAGAAACAGUCGUGCUGCGCGUAUUUCUCGUUUUCCCAAAGUAUUAAGAGUCUCACAUUUGAAAAGUGCAUACAUAGCAUUUAUUCCCGCACCCUCUCGUCAAAGUAUAGUUCCCUCUUUAUUUCACACAAAGAGUACUACCCAGUUUUUGUCGGACAAACCUGUCUGGUUUCCGUAUCCGUCGCGUCGCUUUUUUCUUCGGCAUUAUUCGUGUAGUACAGACAUCUCAUCUGAUUGUUCCUUGAACAAGUCGUUAAGCGCAUCUUAUAAAACCCAGAAUUCAAAACAUUCAUCGGGUGAUAAACCUUAUCUCAAAUAUUUCCAAUGUGAUCCGUUUUCUUGUUCUUUGUACACGUGGGAUCCUCAAAACCCUCUAAACGUGAUUGGACCCCACGCUGGUAAGCUUUGUACCGUAAACUUUAAUUGUAUAAGUGUUAAAUACACGGUGAUCCAUGAGAUUGUCUUGCUUUUGAAACGCACCAACUUUUUAAUGCAAUCAUUUCAACAAAAUAUUUUUUACAUUUUAGAAUGUCACGGACUGCGUUGUGAUCACAUCCUUCUUCCUCCUCAGGACUAUAUUGGAGAGUUAGGAUCUUUCGAAAUCACCCAAGCUGAUGUUAUGUUUCAAAAACCUGAAGUACCCAUUCAGGGUUUUUGUUGUGGUCUUGCUGGAAAUACAUCUCUUGUAACACUAUCGGAUCAUUAUGGUGUCCGGGUGACCCUUUCCCGUUUCACAUGAGCAUUUCUAUCUUUUGUACCUACAUUACACUUCGAUUAGACAAAACUCAUCUGAUUGUUGUCAAGCGUAUGCUACC